ACUUUAGACAACACUACAGUUUCAAAUCAUCUUAAAUCAACAUACGUGAGUAUGUGACUAAUAAUUUCGGAGAAAAAUAAGGGGAUGUGUAGGGAUAUUCUAAUGAGAUCUCCAUGUCCUAGCACCCACUCCCAUAAACAAACACCUCCCUCCUAAUGGCACUCCAACUAAAGAUAAGUCCAUGGAAGAAAACAGUGGGAAAACACAAACAGAGAUUUCCAGCCAUGGAGUUAUUCACAAUUCACCUUCCUAUCCCAAACCAACAAUUCCCACGUUCAAAAACCCUUAAAACACUCCAACCCUUAAAAACCCAUCUCCCCAAAACAUCAAAUUCAAUCAUAUUAUCACCACAUUCUUCAAUUAUUACCAAAAGAAGAACCCUAAAUCUCUCAAUUUUUGCCCUCAUUUUAUCAUCUUCUCUCCCAUUUACUAUUCCCAAUGCAAUUGCAGAGGAUAUUCAAGAAAAAUCAGAGCUUGAACUUGAAAGAUACACAGAUUCCAAAGAGGGUUUCACUCUUCUUAAACCUUCUUCCUACAUUAAGGUGGAUAAAGCAGGAGCAACUGUAUUGCUUGAGGAGGAGAAUAAGAAAGCAAACAAUGUAGGGAUUGUGGUGAACCCAGUUCGGCUUACAAGUCUUACAGAAUUUGGGACUCCUCAGUUUGUGGCUGAUAAGCUCAUUCAAGCUGAAAAACGCAAGGAAAGCACCAAGGAAGCUGAAGUCAUAGGAGUAGCAGAAAGACCUGGCCUCGAUGGCUUACCAGUAUAUGAGUUCGAAUAUGUAGUUGAUAGCACAAGAGGAGGAAUGAAAAGGAUAUUCUCAGCUGCAUUCGUCUCUAGAAAGAAACUCUACUUGUUAAACAUAUCUCAUGUCGACAAGCCAGAAAGUCCUCUUGACAACCAUACGAGAACAAUACUGGAACAAGUACUUCAUUCCUUCGAUGCUGUACCUUCUACAUAAAACUUGUUUGCACAUUCUUCUCCCUCUGGUUAAUGUAUAUUCUCAUACAUCCUUCAAAUUUACAGCUUAUUGUUCAUCCAAUUACAUUCUUUUUCCUCUAUAACAUUUUUGAGAACAACAAUUUUGGAAACAAGAUCCAGAUUUAGCAUCAUUUGUUCCAUCUUCUUUGUAAGCUGCUAGUAUCUGCAUUAUAGCAGGUUUUCAAUUCUACUUGCAUGUAUGGCUCUCGGUGCCUGUCGCAAA